AUGGCUGGCAACCGGGUUGGGCUGGAGUCCCCAAAGAGCUCUCAUGCAACCCUCACUUCUGCCAAAGUCCAUAAGCGAAAGACACUUUCCGAUGAUUCCCACGCCUCGACCUCGACGACGACCAAGAAACAUAAGAAGCGCCAAAGUCUCUCGACAGCCCCCGCGGGAGAUGAUGGUAGCAAAAGGAAACGGAAGCGAAGCAAGGAUAUCACUCGAGAUGGUGAUUCCCCGGAAACAACUGGGCAAGAGAGUGCUAUCUCGUCGAACCGCAGCGCAGCGUUUGCUGCAGACUCGGACCACCACAUCCCUGAGACAGGAAAGAAAUCGACGAGCAGCAAGCGGAAGAGCACUGGAAAGGACGACAAGGCAACUCACGAGACUACGCCUGUGACCCAUCGAGAAGAGGAGAUGCCCGACGCACCGGCUGAGGAUCCUAUCGUGGACAAGACCGAGAAAAACAAGUAUUCGGGUAUCCUAUCCAAAUUCCAGCGUACCAAGACAGCAGCAAGUGCGAAAAAGAAAAAGAAGGAUACAGAGCCCGAAAACAGUGAAUCCGAUGAAGGCCCAACUGUUGAACCGGUUAUUGCGCAAGGACUCGAACCGUUGCCGCAACCAGAAAAUCCGCCGGAGCCAGAGGCAGUCCCGACAUAUUCCUCUUUACCAGACUGGUUAGCGCACCCAUUACGAGUAUCGGCGAACGAGAGAUCCAGGUUUUCUGAGCUCGGAAUGAAGGUCGACCUCCUGCGUAUUCUCGAGCAACACAAUUACAAGGAAGCGUUUGCUGUGCAGUCCACUGUCAUCCCACUUCUUUUACAAGGUGGCCGGCACCACCCAGGUGAUCUGUGCAUAUCGGCUGCUACAGGGUCCGGAAAGACACUUUCCUACGUGCUUCCGCUAGUUACGUCUCUGAAGCCGAGAGCUGCCUCCAGACUCCGAGGGCUGAUUGUGGUUCCCACCAGAGAGCUAGUGAAGCAGGCCCGAGAGGCCUGUGAAUUGUGUGCCUCUGGGUCCCGACUCCAUAUCGGGGGUGCGGUUGGCAAUGUGGCCAUCAAAGACGAGCAGACUCUCAUGAUGCGGUUUGACCAAGUCUAUAACCCGGCCAUCGUCGAGCAGCGACAGCGCACAGGCUUGCAAGGGAACGAAUGGAUAGAUUUCAGCCUUGAAGACUGCGUGAGCGAAGCGGUUGAUUCAAACGGCACUCUUCCCGGCUACAUCCAAAGACCCGAGCCCAACGUCGACAUUCUCAUUUGUACUCCGGGAAGACUGGUUGAUCACAUUCGCUAUACAAAAGGCUUCACACUCAAGCACCUUGAGUGGCUUGUCAUCGAUGAAGCCGAUCGUCUAUUGAAUGAAAGCUUCCAAGAAUGGGUGGACGUGGUGAUGGGUUCGUUGAAUGCUCGGCAAGCCCCUGAGACUUUCGGACCCGGCGGGAAAUUUCUUUCUGAACUAGGACUCUCAAUCGAGUCCAAACCACCACGGAAGGUGGUUUUGAGUGCAACCAUGACGCGCGAUAUCUCGAAGCUCAACUCUUUGCGUCUGUCCAACCCCAAAAUGGUCAUCAUCGGUGCCGAAGAUGUGGCGGAUGGCGCAGACCCAUCGGCCGCGUACGCGGAUGCUCAUUUCACCCUGCCGUCGACCUUGCAGGAACACAUGGUUGCUGUCGGGGAUGGAUCUCAGAAACCACUCUACCUGUUGCGUCUCCUCCUUUCCCAUAUCAAAAUUGGCGUGGACACCCCCGCUGCUCCUCGCGCGUCCGCUGCAUCGGACUCGGACAGCUCCAGCUCGGACGAUGACACUAGUGACGACGAUACUAGCUCUGAUGAAUUUUCUGACGAUGACACCUCGUCAUCUGGAUCCGAUUCGGAUUCAGAAUCCUCUGUUGCCGACUCCUCUGACGACUCUAAUAGUUCAAACAAAUCGGAAUCAGACUCGGUUCGACUGGUGCCAGAAACCGGGCCUCCACGCACGACUGUUUUGAUUUUUACCAAGUCCUCCGAGUCCGCGUCGCGACUUUCUCGUCUCAUCUCGAUCCUCCAUCCACCGCUGGCCAAUCGCGUGGGAACGAUCAUCAAAUCGAACAAGUCCUCUACAUCGCGCAAGACCUUGACUGCCUACCGACGGGGCCGCAUCUCCGUGAUUGUCGCCACUGACCGUGCUUCCCGUGGGUUGGACCUACCGUCUUUGACCCACGUCGUCAACUACGAUAUUCCGACGAGUGUUACCACCUACGUGCACCGGGUUGGUCGAACUGCCCGCGCGGGCCGAGAGGGUUCUGCUUGGACACUCGUGGCGCACCGGGAGGGCCGCUGGUUCGCGAAUGAAAUUGCGACGACUGACGGCCGGAUUACGCGUGCGUCGCAUGUUGACCGAGUUCAAGUGAAGUUGGACGCGCUCGGGUCAAUCAAGUCAAAAUACGCGGUUGCCUUGGGUGAACUGGAGCAGGAAGUGAGAUUGGGCAGGGCGCCUACUCGAUGA